AUGGACACCAGUCUUUACAUAGCAAAGAAAACACACUACAAUAUUUUCCCUAACCAGCAAUACAUUGAUCAUGAGGCAGCCACCAUAGACAUGCACCACAUCAAUCAUCCCCAAAAUAGUAGUCACACAUCCACAAGCCAUUCUUCUGAUUCGGGAGGAACUUGUACUAGUGAUGAAGGUAAAUUGGCUUCCAAGCUUCUUAAAGAGUGUGCUAAAGCAAUCUCUGAUAAAGACUCUGGCAAAAUCCACCAUCUUCUAUGGAUGUUAAACGAGCUUGCAUCCCCUUAUGGAAACUGUGAGCAAAAAUUAGCCUCCUACUUCUUGCAAGCUCUAUUUUGUAAGGCCACAGAGUGUGGUCAAAGGUGCUACAAGACCCUUUCCUCUGUAGCUGAGAAAAACCACUCCUUCAAUUCAGCUAGAAAGUUAAUACUCAAGUUUCAAGAGGUAAGCCCUUGGACAACUUUUGGACACGUGGCAUCAAAUGGUGCCAUUUUAGAAGCCUUCGAAGGCGAGACAACACUACAUAUUAUUGAUAUAAGCAACACCCUUUGCACUCAAUGGCCUACUUUGUUGGAAGCCUUGGCUACAAGAAAUGAUGAAACCCCUAACUUGAAGCUCACAGUUGUAGCUAUAACGGGUAGCAUAGUAGGAGUUGUGACGGUCGUUGAAGAGGAAGGUGAUUUUUGCAGCUCAAGAAAUGACUUCUUCAAGAGCUUUGAAGAGUGUCUUAGGUUUUACACCCUUUACUUUGAGAUGCAAGAGGAAAGCUUUCCCUCAAUCAGUAAUGAAAGAUUGAUGCUAGAGAGGGAGUGCUCGAGAAACAUAAUUAGGGUUUUGGCUUGCAAUGAUGAUGAUGAAUUUGGGUAUGAUAUUUGUGAGAGAAGGGAGAGAGGAACACAAUGGUCUUGGAGGCUUAAGGAGGAAUUUUUCCCAAUUGGGUUCAGUGAUGAUGUUGUGGAUGAUGUCAAGGCAUUACUCAAAAGGUACCGUCCUGGGUGGUCCCUUGUGGUGCCACAAGGAAAUGAUCAUCUUUCAGGAAUUUACUUGACAUGGAAGGAGGAACCGGUUGUUUGGGCUUCAGUAUGGAAACCCUAA